AAGGGUGCACGGUGUUGUCCUUUCAAUUCAUUUAUCUGCAGGAAUGAUUGCGACUAUCAGUCUGGAGCUCACCGCCCGGAUGAGGAGGUGAAAGUUGCGCCGCAGGACGAUAAACCGCAAAAAAAAAAAAAAAAAAAACAAAAAAAAACAAAAAAAAGGAAAAAAGACGAAACGGCGCAUGAUUUGCGUGACUGUGGGUAGAAAUCGCCUUUUCCCUCCACUCAAAGAUACAUAAGAUUUUAAGGACCGGGAGUUUGUGCAGCCACGCGAUUCUCAGAGUGAAGGGCAGCGGUGAGUGUGUUUGAGGCUCGUUCACAACGCUUUUGCGCGCGCAGUUCUUUCGGCCGCUCGCUGAAGAUGCUCUUGGACGCCGGACCGCAGUAUCCCGCCAUAGGAGUGACCACUUUCGGCUCUUCCAGGCAUCACUCAACAGGCGAGGUCACCGACAGAGAAGUGGCUCUGGGGAUAAAUCCGUUCGCUGACGGGAUGGGGGCUUUCAAAAUCAACCCCGGCGCCCACGACCUGGGGUCCGGACAGACGGCGUUCACCUCGCAGGCGCCCGGCUACGCAGCAGCCCUGGGACACCACCACCAUCACCCCACGCACGUGAGCUCCUACUCCACGGCGGCGUUCAACUCCACGCGGGACUUCCUGUUCCGAAACCGGGGUUUCGGGGACGCGGCGAGCGCGCAGCACAGCCUGUUCGCCACGGCGGCGGCUGCGGGGGGCUUCGCGGGGGCGCACGGCCACGCCACGGAUGCCACGGGACACCUGCUCUUCCCGGGACUGCACGAGCAGGCGGCCACGCACGCGUCCUCCAAUGUGGUAAACGGCCAGAUGCGGCUGGGCUUUUCGGGGGAGAUGUACGGCCGCGCAGAGCAGUACGGCCACGUCACGAGCCCCAGGUCCGAGCACUACGCGUCCACGCAGCUCCACGGCUACGGCCCCAUGAACAUGGCUGCGCAUCACGGGGCCGGGGCCUUCUUUCGGUACAUGAGGCAGCCCAUAAAACAAGAGCUCAUCUGCAAGUGGAUUGAGCCGGAACAACUGGCGAACCCCAAAAAGUCGUGCAACAAAACUUUCAGCACCAUGCACGAGCUCGUCACGCACCUCACCGUGGAGCACGUCGGGGGGCCCGAGCAGUCGAACCACAUCUGCUUUUGGGAAGAGUGUCCGCGGGAGGGAAAGCCUUUCAAAGCCAAGUACAAACUUGUGAACCACAUCCGAGUGCACACGGGUGAAAAACCCUUCCCGUGUCCCUUCCCGGGCUGCGGGAAAGUGUUCGCCAGAUCGGAAAAUCUCAAAAUCCACAAAAGGACGCACACGGGUGAAAAACCGUUUAAGUGUGAAUUCGAGGGCUGCGACAGGCGCUUCGCCAACAGCAGCGACCGUAAGAAACACAUGCACGUGCACACGUCGGACAAACCGUACCUGUGCAAAAUGUGCGACAAAUCGUACACCCACCCGAGCUCCCUCAGAAAACACAUGAAGGUUCACGAAUCGUCCACGCAAGGGUCACAGCCGUCUCCAGCGGCCAGCUCAGGGUACGAGUCGUCCACGCCGCCCACGAUCGUGUCUCCGUCCACAGAGAACCAGAGCAGCAGCUCCAUAUCACCAGCAGCCUCCACAGUGCAUCACACGACGGGCCACAGCGCACUGUCGUCAAAUUUUAACGAAUGGUACGUUUAAAACGUUAUAACGGAAAAAAAAAGACUGCAGAUAUAGGACUGCGGGGAAGCAAAUGUACAAUAAGCAAAACCUAUAAACGAGGACCGGAAAAGGCGAAAAAUCGGAGAUGCCUGAACCUUUGGUAAAAAGGUAUUAAAAGUAAGUUUGAGCGAUGCAUGGACUCCGCAAAAGGCAGAAAAUGUGUUUUGAGAGACAAGACUGCACAAGAUUUCCAACUGCAUGCUGUGGCCUAUUUUGUACAUACAGAUUUACUAGAUUAAAAAAAGUGUAGUAUUUUAUUUUGUAAAUAGUUAUAUUACAUUUUAAGGGAAUGUGUGGGUGGAAAAAAAAUGUGGUCCCUAGAUUUAUGGAAAAAUGGAUGGGUUUUAAGGAACACGAUGACUAGUGUUUAUUUGAUAAGGAUGUUAUAGAUAAUGUGUUAAAAUGUGAAUUACUCAGUAUUACUGCAGUCUACACGUCGACCUAACCGACUGUUAGUUUUAAUGUGCUUUUGUAUACAGUGCAGCCAUUUCGUCCUAAGUCCAGUCUGAAUAGCACAGUAAAUUGUUGUUAUUUAAUGUUAUGUCGAUACUUCGUUUUAGUGAAGCCUGGAAAUCCGUGUCAAUCUGUUUAUGUAAGCAGUGAUUUGAAAAAAUAUAACUGUCUAUUCCCUUGAUUACUGCAAAAAAAGACUAAGUGUGUAUAUAUCAAUUUUCCAUAUUUAUCCGCAUGUAAAGGGCCGGUAUUCCAUGUUAGAGAUGAUCGAUAUUCAUGGCGAAUUGCGUUUGUGUGUAAACUUUUGGUUUACACCACUGUUUGGUUACAUUUCGUACAGUAUUAAAGACUUAAAAAAACAAAAACGCAAAGUAACUGAGUUCAGCAUUUUUCCCCACGAGCAUUUUUUCUUCCCAAGUGGAAAAAUUCAAUGAAUAACGUGAGUAAUUAAAGUAUCCUGUAGAAUGGUAUGUUUUUAUUUUCAUCCAUUAUUAAAUAACACUUUAGUCUGUUUUAGAUCCCACUGUUUUAAAUCACUGCAAUAUUUUAAAACAUUUUUUCUGCUUCGACUAGUAGGAUGUUUUUAUGUGGAAACUUAGGUUAGUACGCAUAUGGGUACUCUUUCCGAAGGAUUAAUGACAUAUUUUUGUCUGGAUAACGGUGACCAAGAACAUAUAGUAUUCAUGGAUUAAAUUUUUGCAGGAUUAAAGUUUUAAUGAUAUUUUCUCCGUGUUAAACCGCCUUGUCCAGGGAAUUGUGUGGACAAAAACGAUAAUUACUACUUUAAAUGAAAUUACCUCAAUCUAUUUAGCACUGAACGCUUGUUUCAACAGCAAAUUCGAUUCCUGAUGUUUAACUUGAUGGCUUGUAACAAAAGGAGGCUUUAAAAAAAACAUAUUAACGUAGGAACCAUUCAGCUUUGUCCCCCUCAGUGGGACCACCUCAGAUACGCUGGAGUUACGUGCAGUGCGUUAACACUACGAGUCGUCGUUACUCAAGGACUGAAUAAAGUCCACUAUUCAGAUUUAAGUUUGCAAAACAAAAUAUGGAAAAUUACAUUAAAAUCGAUUUCGGUGUUCUAUGGCCUGUCUCUUUUCCCUCCUCCAUGACUUACCCCAAUUUACAUGUACUCAAAUUCCACGCGCACGAAGUUUUGAGCUGCUCCACAUUUGUGUUCGUUUACGCGGCCCUCAAAUAAUAGGCGAUUUUUCUUGAUUGUUUUGUUUUUCCUUUCCCACCCAAAUAUUU